AUGGGAGAGAUCGAGGUCAGCACCGUGAGACCCAAAGUCACCGAUGCUAAAGGCAUCCUCAAACAGAACCGACAGUUCCUGGAUUACUUCUGGGACAUCGCGAAGCCCGAGCGAGAAAUCCGCCUCAAAGCGAUAGAGGAUUUAAUCGAACACUUGAAGCAGAGUGAGAAGAAAUUCAUCAGAAAUGCAGCGUUUGGGAAUUUCUUCGCCGUGCUCGCCCUGUCUCAGUCCACACGUCUGCAUAAGGAGCCGCAGGUCAUGUUGGAGUGUGUGCGGCUCCUGCAGAGUCUGUCCCAUUACAGAGAACACCUGAGAGACCUGCCCAGAAAAACCAUGGUCGACAUCCUGUCAGAGACAUCGAAGGAGGUGUUUGAAGAGGUGCUCCUGAGCGCCCUGCAGUCUGACCUGACCUCUGCCCUCAACACUCCCGAGCAGCUUGAGCUCCUCCUAGUGGCCCUGCAGAAGUUCCCCUCUGUGCUCAAACCCAAAAAACUCAAGAAACUAUUGGGAACCACAGCAGUCAUUACUAAAGAGAACAUGCCGAAGUAUGAAUAUGAUGACCAAAACACAUCCUUUUCUCUCUCUUUAUUUAUCAGUUAUUUGAGUUUCCGGUUGUUGGGAGCGUCUCUGCCGCUGCUGUCAGUCGCUCAGCUUGAGUUUGUGCUGUCCGCUGAUGUGAUGACACACUACGGUCAACACAUGCUGUCCGCACAGCUGGCAGACCGAUUCAAGUUUGCUCCAGAAAUGGAGAAGUACGUGAGUGAGUUCAUGCGGGGCUGCGUUGACGCUAACAAACAGCUCGUCGUGGCGCUCGGCUUCACUCAGCUCACUAACCAGGGCUACCCUGUGGUCCCGUCCUGCUGGAAGGAUCUGGAGCACAUGGAUCUGUCUGCGCUGCAGAAGUACGUGGAGUGGUUGAUGGAGGGCUUCUGCAAGCCCCAGCUGGAGAAAUGCCUGGACUUCAGCACCCGCAGACAGAAAGGAAACCAGGAGACUGAAGUAGAGAGUGACAGCUGUGUUGCCAGGUUUCGUAAAUGGAUCAUUCUACGCCUCACGUUCAUUGUGGAAAACCAUCAGAUUAAGAAACGGGAGGAUCUCGUCAUGAAAAUGGCUCGGUUUAUUUUCUUCCACGCUUUCUUUGAUGUGAAGAAACCCACCCCAGAAAUCCCUGAGACGACGCAGGCUCUCUCAGUGCCCAUCGAUCAACAAACACGAGCCAGCAUCUCUUCAGCCUUCUACGGUCUUCUGCAAGGCCUGAACACAAUGGCUGUGUUAGGAGAUUCUGCUGAGGCGGAGAGGAGGAUUCUGGGUGUUAAAGCUGAUGGAAGCAUGUGGAUCUACUGUGUGGUCCAGUACGCCACCACGCUGCUCAACCAGAGCAAACACGUCCAGAGCGUUCAGACCCUCAGUCCAGAGCAGAGACGUGUCUGGGACAGUAUGCUGGAAACAGUGGAGGCCUUGAGGAAAAAAGCAAAGAAGCCUUCUUCACCUGAACACUCGGCGUUCCAGCACCUCUUCCUUCUCGUUGGCAUUCAGAUGUUCAAGGCUCCAGAAGAAAGUUUGGAGCUGUUGAAUGAUUUGCGGACCUGCAUGGAGAAAGCUCAGGCUAAGAAAUUAAAGAAGAAGAAAGCGAAUGGAAAGGGCUCUGAUGAGGAGCCGCUCUGGGUGGAGGUGGUUGUUGAGAUCCUGCUGUCGCUCCUGUCUCAGCCCAGUCGACUCACUCGUGGUGUGUGUAAAGCUGUGUUUAGCCGUAUCUGUCCUCACCUCACCCAAGAAGCUCUCAGCUCCAUCCUGAACGUUCUAGACCCAAACAAGGAUGAGGAUGAAAGUGGUGUUAUGGUGACUGAUGAGAAGGAGAAAAAGAAAAAACAUAAAGAGGAGGAAGAGCGAGAUGAAGAAGAGGAUGAUGAUGUGGAGGAUGAAGAGGGUUCUGAUUCCUCCUCCUCUUCCUCUGAAGAUGAUGAUGAAGCCAUGGAGGAAGGAGAAGGGGUGGAUCAGAACUUUCGUUUGGAUUUGAUGAAGGUUCUGCAGGGUCAGAAUGCUCUGGCCACUGAAGAGGAUGGCAGUGAUGAAGAGGAACUGGAUGAUGUGGCCAUGAUGAAGCUGGACGGAAGCCUUUCUGCUCUCUUUCUGGAGCAGAAGAAAAAGAUCCAAGCCAAGAAAGAUGAGAAGGACAGACUCCGCAAGGAAAAGGUCCUCGUGCGGGACUUCAAGAUUAAAGUACUGGACAUGGUGGAGAUGUUCUUGAGCAAACAGGGAAGCAGCGCUCUGGUUCUUGGGAUGGUGGAACCGCUGCUCAGCGUGAUCGAGAACGGGAUGAGCUCCGAAACCAGCCAACAGGAACAGGACUUCCUGCGCAAGGCCGCAGACAUCUUCAGGAAUCGACUCUGUCGUGCAAAGUAUUACUGCAGGGAAAUCGACGGACGAGAGGCGGAGCUUCAUGACAUGCUUGAGCGUCUGAUUGGUCGAGCCCAGAAACUGACAGACUCGUCUGUGUCUCUAUACUACUUCAGUGCUGCUCUCUAUGUGCUGAAGGUGUUACGAGGCGUUGUGAGCGAACAGGACUCGGCAAACGCACCGUCAACACCGUCAGAGCUGAGGCUUAUGGGUAAAGUAGAUGUUGAGAGGGUCACGACUUGCUUCAGGAACGCGUUGACAUCUUUCAUGACGAAGAGGAAAAGCCCUCUCACGGGAGCCAUGUUCAUCGACCUCUUCAGCAGAUUCCCGGUGUUGUGUGUGAACCUGUUGGACACGGCGGUGGAGAACAUCACUGCUGGAGUGAGGGAACAUCAGCAGGGUCAGGCAUGUGUCGUGGCGCUCAGGGCCCUGCAGUCUAAAGAUGUAAAAAACCUGAUGUCUGAUGCCCAGAGAACUGAGCUGCAUCAGAAAAUUGUGGACCAACUUGCCAAGAGUUUUGAAGAUGUAGAGUGUAAGAAUAAAACGGUUCGUGAGAAGAUAGUCAAGGCACUAGAGCUCUGUCAGCAUCUUGUCAGAACCGUUCACAGUCAGAAGAUGCAGGUUAAUCUGGAGCUCCUUCAGAAAGUCCUCAAGUCCAUGAACGCUGAAGGAAGCCUGCAGAAACCAGGACAGCUGGAGGACACAUACUGGAGCGUGAUGAAGUUAUUUGGCAUUUUAAAGCCAAAGAUGGAAAAGGUGAAGAAAGUUGUAGAGGCAGAGCAGACAGAAGAAACCACAAAGAAGAAGAAGAAGAAGGGGUUCCUUCCUGAGACGAAGAAACGCAAGAACCGUAAGAAGCCUACGGUACUGGAGGGAAAAGAGACGCCAGCCUCCACAGAAACUGCUGGAGGAGCGUCCGGAGAGGAGGGAAAGAAGAAGAACAAGAAGAAAAACAAGAGGAAACCGCAGGGAGGAGAAGGAGAAGAGACACGAAAUCAGCCAGCCACUAAAAAAGCCAAAACACAGCAGCAACAACAGAAGAAGAAAAAGAAAGGAGGACAGCAGGAAGUUGAUGGGAAAUAAUUGGACAAUAUGAUGUAACUGAAUACAGAACUCACUACAGGUUGCUGUUUGUCCUGUGCAGCCCAAACUCUGGGCCUGGCCUUCAGAAAUUUGCUUCUUUCAAGAUCACCUGUUCUGUUCAGAGAAAUCAGCAAAUGUGAAGAGAGAAAUAUCUGCAUUAUUUGCCUGUUUGUGAUUACUUGCAUGAUAUUAUUUUUUUUAAAGCAAUAGAAGAAAUACUAAAAGGCAUU